AUGCUCCAUGGUUGUACUGGGGAAGAAUGUCUGGAGUGUGACAUACACCAAUCAGAGUAUCUGUGCCUUGAAGGGGUCAACAGUGGAGAUGACCUGCUCUUUCAGCUAUCCCAGAGAGUGAUAAGUCACCGCACCUACAUCUGGUACAAGAACGGACACAAAGUAAAGGAGGACACUUCCAGCCUGGACUCAGACUCCUUUAGUGAUGCAGACAGUUACUCCUGUGCUGUAAAAGGCCAUGAGGAUCUCCUCUCUCCUGCAGUGUGUCAGAAGUGUUGGAGUGUGACUUACACCCAUCAGAGUAUCUGUACCUUGAAGGGGUCAACAGUGGACAUAUCCUGCUCUUACACAUAUCCCAGUUACCAUGAGAUCAAACAAGCUUUCUGGUUUACUAAAUGGUCUGGUAUGGAGGCUGAAGAUCUGAGCUCAGUGCCGGGGUAUGAGGGUCAUAUAGAGUACCUUGGGGAUAAGGAGAGUGACUGUACCCUGAGAAUCACAGACCUGAGAUUGAGUGACUCUGCAGGGUUCAGGUUCAGAUUCAUAACAUCUGGAGGAAAGUUUAAUGGCUCACCUGUCUCCCUGACUGUCACAGAUGUUGUGUUGGAGAUGGAUCCUACAUCUGUGUCAGAGGGGGAGAGAGUCACACUGAGAUGUAGAACCAACUGUACACUGGACCCCAUCACAGCCUACAGUUGGUAUAAGAAUAGACAGUCUAUACCAAACAGCAACACCUCCUCUCCUGUCUAUAUCCUGUUCUCAGUCAGCAGUGAGGAUACAGGCAGAUACUCCUGUUCUGUAGAAGGACAUGAGGAUCUCCCCUCUGCUGAAGAGACUCUCACUGUCACAUAUGGACCAAGGAACACCUCAGUGUCAGUCGGUCCCUCUGGUGAAAUAGUGGAGGGCAGUUCAGUGACUCUGACCUGCAGCAGUGAUGCCAACCCACCUGUGGACAAAUACACCUGGUACAAGAAGAACGUAGCCUCACCAAAGGCAUCAGGACAGAGUUACAACAUCACUAACAUCAUCUCUGAGGACAGAGGAGAAUAUUACUGUGAGGCUGAGAAUAUAAUAGCAUCUAAUAACUCUACAGCUCUGAUGAUCAUUGUAGCAGGGAAACAGACCUCAGUUCUGACUGCAGCUGUAGGAAUCAUAGUGGUUGUUCUGGUUCUCAUCCUCUGUCUCUCUGGACUCAUGUUGUUCAGGAAGAAGGCCUCCAAACCCACCAACACAAGAGACACAUCAGAUGAUGGACAGGGAGACUCUAGUCCAGUGUAUGACAACAUCUCAAACAUGGCCAUGACCUCUACUGCAGCACAGACAGAGUCCACAUACAACCAGGAUGAUGUUCACUACGCCAGUGUCCACUUCUCUGGCUCCAAAAACCAGGAAGUGCCUCUGUACUCCACCGUCCAGCUGCAUCAACCACAGAAACAGGACCAAGAUGUCCAAUACGCUGCUGUGAAAUUCAACCUCCCCAGUUCUACCACCCAACCUGCAGCAGCACAAGCAGCUGAGGAGGACUCCUCUGUUCUCUACAGUACAGUCAACAAACCCUGAACCAAGAAGACCCAAACACAACAAACCCAGAACCAAGAAGACCCAAACACAACAAACCCAGAACCAAGAAGACCUGAACACAACAAACCCAGAACCAAGAGUACCUGAACGCAACAAACCCAGAACCAAGAAGACCUGAACACAACAAACCCAGAACCAAGAAGACCUGAACACAACAAACCCAGAACCAGGAAGACCCAAACACAACAAGCCCUGAACCAAGAAGACCUGAACACAACAAACCCAGAACCAAGAAGACCUGAACGCAACAAACCCAGAAAGAAGAAGACCUGAACAGAACAAGUUUGACAAAAACCUUGUAUAUCUGGACCUGUAUAUCUAAACUAAGUGAUAUAAUGCCUGUGGAGGUGUGGAAUAUUGACCAUUAUAAACUGGGUGGUUGGAGCCCUGAAUGCUGAUUGGCUGACAGGUGUGGUAUACCAGACCGUAUACCAUGGGUAUUAACAUUUGUAUUUACUGGUCUAAGGACAUUGGUAACCAGUUUAAAAUAAGGCACCUCUGGGUUUGUGGUGCAUCCAAGCACUCCGCAUUGCAUUGUGCAUAAGAACAGCCCUGAGCUGUUCAUCUACACAGAGGAACUCUGGAGUUCUGUCAGAGUGAACAUUGGGUUCAUGGUCACCUCGCUGACCAAGGCCCUUCUCCCCCGAUUGAUCAGUUUGGCCAGGCGGCCAGCUCUAGGAAGGGUCUUGGUGGUUCCAAACGUCUUCUAUUUAAGAAUGAUGGAGGCCACUGUUUUCUUGGACAUUAAAAAAAUACAGAAAUGUUUUGGUACCCUUCCCCAGAUCUGUGCCUCAGCACAAUCCUGUCUCGGAGUUCUAGAGACAAAUCCUUCGACCUCAUUAUUUUUGCUCUGACAUGCACUGCAAACUCUGGGACCUUGUAGACAGGUGUGUGCCUUUCCAAAUCAUGUCCAAUUAAUUUAAUUUACUACAGGUGGACUCCAAUCAAGUUGUAGAAACAUCUCAAGGAUGAUUAAUAGAAACAGGAUGCAGCUGAGUUCAAUUUUGAGUCUCAAAUCAAAAGGUCUGAACACUUAUCUAAAUAAUGUAUUUCUGUUUUUUAGUUUUAAUACAUUUGAAAACCUUUCUAAAAACCUGUUUUUGUUUUGCCAUUAUGGGGAUAGUGUGGUAUAUUUUUAUUUAAUCUAUUUUAGAAUAAGGCUGUAACAUAUCAACAUUUGAAAAAAGUCAAGGGGUCUGAAUACUUUCCCAAUGCAUUGUAUAUAAUUCUAUCUUUUUUAUGUUAUGUUUCUGAAACAAUCAUCAAACUUGUGAGACUUUUGCCUCAACGUCCAGGAAAGAGUUCUGCUUGAUGCAACGUUUCUUAUUGCUUUUAUCAAAUGUUCUUUUUUGUAAACUGUGUUGUGACAUUUAAA